AUGAAAAUAAAAAUUAAAUAUUUUGGCCUGCUUUGGGUUUACUCUACAACGUUAGUGCAGGGAGUUUUUAAAUGUCCGUCUGACGGUCAUUUCCCAGACCCUGAGAAUUGUGCGUCCUAUUACCACUGUGCAAACGAUCAUCCGUAUCCUGGUGCUUGCUCUCCUGGAUUACUCUGGAAUGGUCUCAAGGAUGAAUGUGAUUUCCCUGAAAAUGUGAAUUGUGAGAUAUCCUUGGGAGACAUUGCACAAAUGAAGGUUAAAGAUGGUACCUUUAUCUAUAUGACCUUUGAUGAUGGACCAAACGAAGGAACACCGUAUGUUCUUGACGCACUUCAAAAAUAUGGCGUCAGAGCAACCUUUUUCAUUAACAGUGAUAAUCUGCACGAAGCAAACGAAACUAUCGUCAACAGAAACAAACAAUCCAUUAUUAGAAUUUUGACGGAGGGUCAUGUAUUGGGAGAUCAUUCUUACGAUCAUAUGGUUCAUAAUACGAUCAAUGAUUCACCCAGGAAUGCCUAUAAGGGAAUGGAAGACGACAUUAUGUGGUUUGGGCAGAGAAGCAUUGAUCCAGUAACAUUUACUAUCAAGGAAGCAGGAUUUGAUGAAGACGCUGUCAACUAUGUUACUCAGACUAUGUGGAAUAAUAUCAGGCUUCCCUUCUCUAACAACUGGAGGGUUGGACCUAUCUCACAUGAUUGCUACCCCUGCACUGUCCCUCCAUCAUCAGGAAAUAAUGGAGUUGAGUUGGCUAAAGCUCUGAGUAUGGAUGGAGCUCAUGUAUUUGGUUGGGAUUUGGAGUGGAAUAUGGACUAUAACAUCAAUAGGUAUAGAUACGAUGGGUCAGCUAUGUUUUACCGACUAAACCCAAGAGGAGGAAAACUUCCUGGCAAAAUAAUAGUUUUGUCUCAUGACAUUGCACACAGGCCUGGAGGUAAUAUUGACGGUCAGCUUGCCCUGGAAACUUUUCUCCAGCUCUCUUUACAGAAGGGAUACAAGUUUAAUACUGUGGAUACAUACCUUACUGAUAAUGAUAAUCAAUAUUAAUAUAUUUUUCUGUUAUUUUCCAACAGUGAUGACCAGAAAACUCUGAAAUAGGAAGACGACCUAAUGAUUCAAGUUAUGAUGUUCAAUUGUCCAAUGAGCAUGGGACACAGCAUUCGUGCAAUGUAUGCAGACCCAUCUUACUUAUUUUGUGAUUCAAAAAGUGUCUUUUAAAACUGUUUACUUUGUAGCAAGAUCAAAUACAAUUAUUGCUGUAAAGUCGUUUUCCUUUUUUUCUGGUCAUUAUUGUAAUGUUUUUCUGAUGUUAUAUUUUACUGUUUUAUAUUGUCAAUUGUUAUUUCAGAUUUUGUAUUUUGUGUUUAUUCCAAUUUAGGAAAUGAAUGUUAAGUUUUA